AUGAUGUUUACUAGGCUUGGCAUCUUGUUGUUGGCCAUAUACUCCUACACAUGUAAGUGCUUUUACUUUUCUCUUUAAUUUUGUAUUUCGUACUACGUUAUACUACCUGAAAAGAUUUAGUAAUAAGCUUUUAGCUGUUGUCAAAACAUUUUUAUGAAAAGCAAAGUAAAGCUCACAAAUCAUUACUUUUUAUUUUAAUACUAUUCAGGUUUGUCGUUUGACCGAGGCUACAUUAACUAAAAAUAAACUUUUGCAAUUUCCGCUAAGUUCAAAGACAUUUUAAAGCCAUUUAAAGACAAAAAACGGCUAAAAGUGUCUAUUGUUCUUAGUUUGGUAAUUAAUUGCCGAGACUUUUUAAACUAAUUAAAUAACCAAGUGACCUUAAAUGGUACUAUGAUGUAUAAAAAUUUUUAUGCACUAUAAUUUAUCAAAAUUUGAGUUUUUUUAGGUAGAAUAUUGUAACAUAACAUAGAAGUUUUGAUUUUCAAAAUUUUUUACAGCUUUAACAACUUUGAGCUUUGCGAUUUCAACCUAAAAACUCAUAACUCAAACUCAAAUUUAAAUUUUCGAAAUUUAAAGCACUUGAAUUUCCAUUUUUGGCGGUUUUUCUGACAUUUCGAAGAGCGUUUUAAGGGUGUCCUCAAUCCCUUUUUCAUAUGUUUCGCAGUUCGUUACCGCCAAAUGCAAAUUGAGUAAAAGUUCGCUUCACGGAAAUUGCAUUUUUCAAGACAGAAAAAAAACAAGAAAAUUCAUAAGUUCGAAAUUUUAAACAAGGUUUUGAACUGAAAAACAAAAGUUAAAAAAUUUUUAAAAAAUUUGAUUUUAAAGUUUAAAUUUUAAUUAUUUAAACAACUGGUUUAGUGGAAUUAAUUUACAGUGAGAAUCCUAUAUACCAAAACUGCUUUAUAACGAACAAAUUGAAAAUCUUCAAGUGAGUCGUUAUAGGGGAGUUCUACAGGUUUAUAAAAUUUCAAAAUAAAAAAAAUUAUUGUACUUUUUCCUUAUCAUAAUUAAAAAGUAACUUUAUAAAACUUUUUGCAGGUUCAGCUGGUCGAACGUUGACAAAAGAUGAAUGUCUUAAGUUUGAACGAUCAAACUUUAUACAACGAGCCGCUAAAGUAAACCAAUUUUAUUAUAUUCACCAUUAUAUAUACAUAAUAUAAAAGUUAAGUAUACCUUUUUUAGUAAAAUACAAAAAAUAGAACAAAUAACUAACUAUAUUAUUAAAAUUAAUUUUUUUUCAUUUUUAGGUUGUACGAGUGUACGAAAGUGAUCCAGCCUACCUUCAUUGCACAGUACCUCAUUCGAAUAACAAUCUGGUAAGGUUUUUCUUUGUUAUAUAAGAAAAUUAUAGUUAGUUAAAAUAUUUUUCGUAUUUCACAAAAACUACACUUUAUACUUUUAAAAACUGUAGUAUUUUUAAGUUUCUACAUGAAAAGUUAAUUAUCAUCUUGUUCAUCUAAUUCUAUGUCCCCUCUAAAAGCAUUUUUUUGGCAGUGGAGAGCACAUAAUUAUUUAAACAAACUAAUAUUACUCGAAAAAAACCACUACUGCUGCAGCUUAUUUUGAAGUGUUUUGAAAGUAAUUAGCUAUUACAAACUGCUUAAAAACGUAAAAAAAACUUUUAGCGACUAGAAUUUUCAAUUAGCUUAUGUUUAGUAGAGUACGUGAAGUUGAUGCCUCAGCUUUUUUUCAAUAAAAAAUUUUAAAUACUUCAUUUUUAAAACUGAUUGUAAUAUUCAAUCAAAAGUUUAACACUUUUGUGUCAAUUAUCAAAAUGCUUUGUAUUAUACUAUGUUUAUGACAUAUUUCUACAUCUAACAUUACAGGUAGCAUGGACAAGGCUAACUGAUGAUGCCUUGCUGACAGCCGGUGGACAAAGCUUUACAUCUGAUACUAGGUUUCAGAUCUCCCCAAAACGAGAAGCCAGGGAUUGGGUGCUCAAUAUAAGGUAAUUUUACUGUAUCACUUGGUAUGAUGAUUUAUUUAGGGAAUUAUUUUAAACUUAAUGUUUAUUUGACUAGGAAGAGGCACAAAAUGGGAAUUGACAGUAAAAAAGAUAAAUUGUCAUAUCUAUUGACCCGCUUGACGAAAAAAUCAAACUUUGUAAAUAUACGUUUUUGAAGUUAGCCCAACAAGACUUACGUUCACUUUCAUUAUUCAAACUUUUAAAUUUGCAUACUGUGGACAGGGACACCAUAAGUUUUUGCUUAGAGGUUAUUAGCGCAUAAUUUUACUACAACAUAUCUUAAAGUUUUAAAGUUUUGAUUAAAGCUAUACAUACCACUAGCCUAAAGCCAAUUUUCAUUUUGUGCCAAUCCCCAGUAAAGUAUAACAUUUUCAGACGGGUAAUGUUGUCUGACAGUGGCUGCUACAUGUGUGAAAUCAACACUGAACCUCAAUCAACGCAAUACACCGUAUACCUUGAAGUACAUCAAAAGAAGCAAAACCCAACAAGCAAACCUGAUCCGGCUGCCAGUGUUAACAGUGGGUUUAAAUUAAAUAACCUAAAAAAUUUUAAAUGGCUAUCAACAAAACGUCAAAAAUUUUUCAAACAAUACUUGUAAAAAAUUUUAGAGCCAAAAACAAUGUUAACAGCCAGAAUGGAAGGUACUACAAUUAUCCUGAAUUGUACUGUAGAAGCCGAUAAACAUUCAACCAUUGAUGUUAUGUGGACAAAAGACAAGAAGCCUAUCAACCUGUUUGAUGAAAAAAGUAAAAUUUUUACAAUUUUUUAUUUAAAAAUAAUUAUAAAAUAAUUUUUUAAAUUAAAAUAAAUAAAAUAACUUUGUAAAGGCAAACUUUGUAGUUUACAAUGACUUUUAAAUUUAAAAAUAGUUAAAACAUUGUUGAGAUUGUACUUUAAAAACAAAGUUAAGUAAAAGGACUCUGUUUUACAUUUUAAAACGUUUUCAUACCUAAAACUUACCAUUUUCAGAAUACGACACAUCGUACAAGACAGUAAGCCGUAACCUGAUCGUAUAUGUGCUCAAAGUUAAUCAAGCGACUCAUUUAGAUGAUGGACAAUAUGCUUGUGAAGGAGAAGAGUUUCCUCAACAGUCGCAGACUGUCCAUAUUAAUGCCGGUAAGUUUUUACUGUUAAAAAACUUAAAUAUAUAGUAUUUAAAAUUUUAUACUGAGUCCCACUUUUGAUGUAAAUUGAGUAACCUACACGCGUAAAAGGCUCAAAAAUUGUUUUAAUGUUACUGACUUUUCAAGUAAAAUUGUCUUAUAUUAGGUUGUUCACAUAAUGAUGUGUUCCAAACCCCGAAAAUUUGCUAUGAAAGCAUGCUCAUAAUUAUUUGAACAACCUUAUAAUAUAAAACAAUAAUCAAAUGUGUUUUUAGCAUUAGUAUCCCCUCCAAACAGCUCAAGGCUCCCGACGCUCAAUUUAUUUGUUUUACUACCAAUUAUGGUAUCUUUUAGGCAUGCCAUAAUAUUGUUAUAG